AUGUCGGCGGGCCUGUCGUCGCGUCGGAAGCGUCAGGUUACGUUCGAGAACGUCGAGACGCCGGAGAUCGUACCCGCGCGUGGGGUUACGAGUUACGAUGAGUUGGUAUUUCAUGUGGCAGGGCUGUUCCACACCAGGUCGUUUUUGCACGAUGUUGAAGAAGAGUGGAACGAUGACGACGACGAUGAGUUGACUACGAGUCGGUCGUCGUCGGCGGACGAUGGGUACAAUGGGUUUUACGACCCCGACCCGCCUCUGGAGCGGUCUGUACCGCUUAUGAUUGCCGAGUUUCUCUACCGGUCGGCCAUGUACUUGGGGAACCCGCCGGGGGAUACGCCCUGGCUGCCUGGAUUUCGACAGGACAAGCGCUUUUCCGGCAACGACGUCAAGCGCUGGCGACGACUCGCGCACUUUGACUGGGAAGCUGAAGAGCGCGAGUUUCGGCUGCACCAUGCGGUGCCAGUGGUUGUGGACAUUGAGGCACCGCGGGGAGAUUUCGGGAAACGGACCUUGUCGGUUGAGUCCAAUGGCCACUCGUCGGUGUUGUCGACACUUGGGGCGAGUUUUCAUGGCUGUCGACGGGGCAGUUGCAGUCGAAGUGCAAGUGUCGAGUCGGACGUGAUGUCCAUGGCGCGUGAAGACGAGGCAGGUCAAGUGGGGAAGAAGGAUAAGCUCAAGUUCCGAAGUACCGUGAGUGGCUGGAUCCGGAAGCAUCGACGGCCGUUUAGUCACGAGGAGAAGGAGAAGACGACCAUGUCGUUGUCGUCGUCGAUCUUGACCACGCCAGCAGCUAAUCGACAGGAAAUUGGAGCGGAGAGUGGUCAAGAUGUUGAUGAAAGCGGCAAGAAAGGAACAAGCCGGAAACGAAAGCCCGUGUCGUGGCUACAUCCGCCACCCGUGUCGUCGUCACGAGACAUGAGACUGCUCGUGGACAUUAUCAAUUCGUGCGUGUACUGUGGCCAGUUCCGCUUCCGCAAGCGCGACAUUGUCCGGCUUUGCAAUGUUAAAAUUUAA